UGGAAAAGCAAAUAUAAGGAAAACCAUCUGGGAGGAGGAGCAAAAGCUCGUCAAUUUUCUUCACGCAUCAUACGUGAUAGUGGAGUGGCUCAUGUGGAUGGCAAAAACAACACUGAUUUUGGUCUUUCUAAUGAGCAAUUACUCCAGCCAGCUCAAAUUAUGAAAAACCAAUUACAAGACAAAGCACGCGUCUCUACUUCUUCUGAUGUUCAGAUAAAUAUGGCGGAUACUUCAUCCAAGGGUCGUUCUUGGAUUAUUGACUCUGGGGCAAGUGAACACAUCAUUUGUAAUAAUGAUGGUCUCUUUAACAUUCAGAAUCGCACCUCCACACCAACCGUUAAAAUACCUAACGGACUUAUCCUCGAGGAAGCUGAUUGGGGUGGGCAGAUGUCAUAAUGGUCUCUAUUACUUAGAGUCGCCAGAAAAUAAGGGGGUGGCAAUGGCAGUUUCAGUUAGUCUUGAUUUAUGGCAUCAACGAUUAGGACAUGCAUCAGACAACAGGUUACACCACAUUGCCUCUCUUCAAGGACUAGAACGAACAAACAAUUUUUGUGACUCUUGUGUACGCGCUAAACAGACACGCCUACCUUUUCCGGAACUCUCGCUGGCCGUCCUAGCUUAUUUC